GGAAGAUUCCUGACCCCGUCACUCAGACUCCGCUCCUCUCGCUUUCUUCCGGGCCGCCAGAGACGCACCUGAGUCGGCGUUUGCGGUCUGCUGGGCAGGCGAUUGCGCUAGCUCAGACUCCAAAUGAAAAUGUUUGAGAACAUUGACUCUACAGCCACAAGAUCUGGCCGGGAUCUCUGGGCUGAAAUCUGUUCCUGCCUGCCAAGCCCUGCCCAAGAAGAUGUUGCCAACAAUUCCUUCUCGGACUCCUUUGUGGAUUCUUACCCUACAGGAGAUGGUCACACUGGGGCAGCAGACCUUGCUGUCCAGCCACCUGUAAAACCCUGGGCUCCCUUGCAGGAUUCAGAAGUGUAUUUAGCAUCUCUAGAGAAGAAGCUAAGAAGAAUUAAAGGUUUAAAUGAAGAAGUGACUUCCAAGGACAUGCUUCAAACCCUGGCCCAAGCCAAGAAGGAAUGCUGGGAACGGUUCCUCCAGGAAAAACUAGCAUCAGAGUUUUUUGUGGAUGGACUUGAUUCUGAUGAGAGCACUCUGGAACAUUUCAAGAGGUGGCUCCAGCCGGAUAAAGUAGCCAUCAGUACAGAGGAGGUCCAGUUUCUCAUCCCCCCAGAGUCACAGGUUGAGAAGCCGGCGGAUGAGGACAAGCCGACAGGAGAACAGUAAAUCGCACACACUCAUGCCAAGCAGCUGCCUGGGGUCCGGGGGGAACAGUGGAGAGCUUGGCGGCAGCCAGGAGAAAUCCAGGGAGGGGAAGAAAGCCCAAACUUCCAUUCUACGGAGCAAACAGCUGCCAGCCCCCGAGGACGUUCUUGGAACUGGCUUGUGUGACGGUCUUGGAUGAAGGGAUGGACCCAGUGCGUGCUGGAUCACAAUGCGGCUUUCCUCUGUGUCCCCCAGCGUGACUGAGCUCUUGCUCAGGUUAGAGGUCUGCAAGGAUGUAGUGAAGAAAAGUGAAAGCACUUGGAGACACUGAAGCCCUUCUGUAUAAAGUAUAACUUAAGUGAGCCAUAUUUUUCCUUGCCUCUGGGUCUUUAAGCCAAUGCCCCAAGCAUUUCCUAGCUCCAGUGUCAGAGCGAGUGGAUCCAAGGGGGGUGAAAUCAGGCCCCUUGAAUUCGAUCCCACUAGGCGCUUCUCUCACAAAUCCGUAGUAAACAGAGGGACGGUGAGGGAAUGGGCUUUUCUUUUGUCUGAUUUGUUCCUUGUGGAGAAAAUGGAAAAAGUGUGAAAAUGUGGGGGUGUUUAUAUCUGCCUAGAUAUAUUUUUUAUUUCAUGCAUGACUUCUCCCCGAAACUUCCUCUUGUACCAGACUCCCAAUUAGACUUGUAAGUGUGGUUCAGUAUUUGAAACUGCUCCUGGAUAGUUCCUAACUUGUUCCCUAUGACAGUUUUCUUGACUGAGCCUGUGCUUUCCUCCUGGUUGGUCAUGUUCUUUUCAUGUGAAAUGUAUGUUGUCUAUAUAAAACUUGUCUUAUCUGAACAA